GCUGGGUCCGUCAGUAAGACGCUGUAGUGUGUAAACCUUCACUUAUCCAAUUAAAACUCUGACUUUUUCAAGGGACCAAAAAUAAAAACGAAAACCAGUUCCCUGUGCUGCUAGGUUUCCAGAAAGUGUACUUGUUUGUCAUCACUGUUGGGUUUGGUCAGCCUGUGAUACCUUAGCAACUAGCUGUAAACACAACUGCUUGGAAUAUGGAGCAUAACACAGAUACCUUAAAAAGAAUCUGCUUUGGUAGUACCCAGGAUAAGAAGCAGUUCCCACAUUACUGUGCACCAGACCGUAUGGGUAAUAAUUUGGCUCCAAUAAGAGGUGCCCCAAACCUUGGUCCUGGGUGUUACAACAUAGAGGAGGUUACCAACAUGCAGCAUCUUUUAGACAGGAAGCCAGUCAGUGUCAAAGGAUAUGUUAUGAGUGCCAGAACAGCACCACGCUUUCCCCCUGAAAAGAAGAUGCAGACACCAGGCCCAGGAGAAUAUCAGUCUUUUUGGACAAAAGAAAGCAAAGUUUCUUCAGCAUAUGCCCCUUUUUUCAUAAAUGCAGCACGCUUCCCAAAAAAGAUGUCAGAAGCUGCUCUUUACCCUAGCCCUGGAACAUAUAACAUUGUCUCACUACAGAGCCAGAAGGUGUCUUGGCCUGGCAGAUUUGGUUCUCCUGACUGGUCACUGAUUCCAGCUUUAGAGAAGAGAACAGUAAGAUCAGAGCUUGAAACUGAUAAAGAAUUUCGGAAGAGAAGAAACCGCAUUGCAUAUCUAAGCUUGUACUACAGCUAAUCCAAAGUGUUUAGAAAAUAAAUGAUUGUAAAUCCAUGUUCUGUGUAUUACAAAACAUUGUUUUAAUAUUGAGGUGUUUGUAAAUAAAUUGCCAGUGAUCUUGA